UUGACUUGGAAAGUAGCAAGGAAGAAAGCCAAGUAUGUGUGGCAUCUUUGCGUACAUCAACCAUCUUGUUCCCCGCAAGCGUGCGCUUCUCCUGCAAGUCCUUAUCAACGGCCUCCGUCGCCUCGAGUACCGCGGCUAUGACUCGGCGGGUGUGGCCACAGACGGAUUUCGUCUUGCUGCUGCGGCUGCCGAGGAGGUUACUGCCAGUGGCGCAGAUGGCAACAACUCGGUCGCCCUGCCCUUCCCCGACAAUGCUCCGGAGACUCGCUUGUUCAAGAACAAGGGUCGUGUCGCUGAUCUGCAGGACAUGAUUGCUGGUGCCACUGCCGAGGAGGACCUCGAGUUGGAGCUCGCUUGCCACGUCGGCAUUGCUCACACCCGCUGGGCUACCCAUGGCGAGCCAUCGGCCAUCAACUCGCAUCCGCAUCGCUCUGAUGCCGCAAACCAGUUUGUCGUCGUCCACAACGGUAUCGUCACCAACUACCGCGAGCUCAAGAUGCUCCUCGAGUCCAAGGGCGCCGUCUUCGAGUCGGAGACCGACACUGAGGUCGUCGCCAAGCUCUUCAAGAUCGAGUUUGACGCCAUCGUCGCCGAUAACAACGGCGAGAAGCCGGCGUUCAAGGACCUCCUCAUCCAUGUCAUGUCGCUCCUCGAGGGCGCGUACGCCCUCAUCGUCAAGUCGCCCCACUACCCCAACGAGGUCGUCGCCACGAAGGUCGGCUCCCCCAUGGUCCUCGGCCUCCGCUCCAAGGACGAGAUCGGUAUCGACCUCUGCGAGCUCGAGCUCUACAUGCAGACCACUCAGGCUGACACCCUCAACUCGGCCCUUGCCGAUGAGAUCGUUCGCCCGGGCUCGCGUUUCCUGUCUCAGGCCACCCUUCAUCAGGGCCAGCCGUCAGUCCCCACCGGCUCCAAGUUCUCCGAGAUCCUCAAGCGCCGUGUUGGCCCAGAGUCGCUGGUCGGCUGGUCGUCCUCGCCCGACCUCACCUUGGACGCCUCUGGUGCUUCGGACGGUGCCUUCUCGUCCAUGCCCGACGUCAGCUCUCUCGGCCGCUCGCCCUCGGGCUCGGCCCUCUCGCAUGUGCCCUCCCUUGCCGACGCCCACACCGUCCUCGAAAGAUCCGCCGCUGAGGAGCCGACAGCCAUGGAGUACUUCAUCGCCUCGGACGCCUCGGCCCUCAUCGAGCACACUCGCCAGGUCAUCUACCUCGAGAACUUUGACGUCCUUCACAUCGCCAACGGCGCCUACACCAUCACCGCCUGCGUCGAGUCGAAGAAGUCUGGCGAAGUCACCCCGCAGUCGACCCCACCCUCUCGUCGCAUCACAGAGCUGCAGAUGGAGCUCGAGGAGAUCCAGAAGGGCAAGUACAAGUACUUUAUGCUCAAGGAGAUCAUGGAGCAGCCCGAGUCGGUCUACAACACCAUGCGCGGCCGUGUUCUCGACAACGGCACCGUGGUCCUCGGUGGCCUUGAGUCCCGCGUCGACGAGAUCCUCCGCUCCCGCCGCAUCAUCAUCAUCGCCUGUGGCACCUCGUACCACUCGGGCGUUGCCUCCCGUCCCAUCCUCGAGGAGCUGACCGGCAUCCCUGUCAGCUGCGAGAACGGCUCCGACUUUCUCGACCGCCGCGCCCCCAUCUUCCGCGACGACACUGUGUUCUUCAUCUCACAGUCCGGCGAAACCGCGGACGUCCUCCGCACCCUUGCCUACUGCAAGGCUCGUGGCGCUCUCUGCGUUGGCAUCACCAACACCGUUGGCUCCGCCAUUGCCCGUGAGACCCAUUGCGGCGUUCACGUCAACGCAGGUGCUGAGAUCGGCGUCGCCUCCACCAAGGCCUACACCUCCCAGUGCCUCGCACUUCUUCUCGUCGCACUCGUCCUCUCCCGCGACAAGAUUUCCCACCAGGCCCGCCGCAAGGCCAUCAUCCAGGACCUCCUCACCCUGCCUGAAAAGGUCAAGCGCGUUCUCGAGCUCGACGAGAAGAUCCAGGCCCUCUCGGCUGACAUUGCCACCCGCAAGUCGCUGCUCAUCCUCGGCCGCGGCUACGGCUACGCCACCGCCCUCGAGGGUGCCCUCAAGAUCAAGGAGGUCACCUACCUCCACGCAGAGGGCAUCCUCGCUGGUGAGCUCAAGCACGGAACACUCGCCCUCAUCGACGAGGAGAUGCCCAUCAUCGCCAUCGCCACCCGCGACCGCCUCUUCACCGACCUCCGCUCCUCGCUGCAGCAAGUCGCUGCCCGCUCCGGUAACCCUGUUGUCAUCUGCCACGACAACGACGACGAGACCUGUGAUGAGUACGAGCACACCCUCCCCGUCCCGCCUGUUCAGGACUGCAUCCAGGGCAUCCUCAACGUCAUCCCCAUGCAGCUCAUCGCAUACCACGUCGCUGACAUGCUCGGCCUCGACGUCGAUCGCCCGCGCUCCCUGGCAAAGUCGGUCACUACCUCAUAGAUCCUUCCCAUCUCUUCUGCCGUCCUCUGCUUCUCAAAUGAAUCCAUUUAUCUCAUCGA